AUGGCAGGCUUGCAGUUAAGGUCGGCCAUGGCCACUCCAUUUUCACUCACUGCGGCCUUCCGCGCUUUGUCCGUCUCUACACCCAAGCGGGCCUUCACAACGACUUCGGCAGCACAAUCCGCACCCAAACUUCCCGCAGACGUCCCAGCCUAUCCCUAUGGCCCUCGACAGUGGUACAAGCAGGCCGAUACUGGUCUGUACGGUGGUUCCAUGAUCCGCUUCGGUAACAAAAUCUCCAAAGGUCGCAACGAGGGCAAGACGCGAAGAAGCUGGAAGCCCAAUGUUCGCCGCAAGAAGAUGUGGAGUGAGGCCCUUCAACAACACCUUUUCAUUAAGGUCACUCGCCGAGCGCUACGAACGAUUAUCAGUGAAGGUGGCUUGGACAAAUACCUGCUCUCAGACCGACCAGCCCGUCUGAAGGAGCUUGGAGUGUUUGGAUGGCAUCUACGAUAUCAGGUCAUGCAAAGCCCAGCCAUCAAGGAGCAAUUCCGGCAGCAACGAGAGAAGAUGGGUCUCCCGGAACCCAUGACUUUUGAGGAGUGGAUGAAGGCCAAGGAGGAAGAAAUCGAAGCCACCGUCGAGGAGAGGCUCAACAUCAAGCCCCUCACCAAGCCUCGACCCAAGGGUCAGGCUGAUCCUCAGAAUGAUGCCCGCAAGAUUGCGGCUGCUGAGGCAUUGCCUUGA